AUGCGCACACACGUGAUUGUGUUAAAAUGACUGCACAAUGUAUGCAUCUUUCUUGGAGGGCUUAUAUCACAUCCUGAUCUUAUGUGAUGUCAUAGUUCAACAAAGCGCAGAAGAGACUCCAGUUUAGUGGUUCUCAAACCUCUCCUUUGGAAGCCCUAGACUUUUCACAAUGUUGUUUUAGCCCUGAACUAACUCACCUGAUUCCAUUUAUGAAGGGAUUGUUGAAUAGUUGACUAAUUGAAUCAGGUGUGCCAGCUCUGGAAUCGAUCAAACACAUGGAACGGCUGGGGUCCCCAACGAGGGAUUUGAGAACCACUGCUCCAGUCACUGUCCCUCUCUAAUGCGUUCCCUCACUGACAGUGAAAUACCCUCAAUUUUUCCUAUGUUGAGUGGCAACAGGGUUAACUUGGGGUUCCCUUUGUCUCUCUCAACUCUGACAGGACUUCUCGUAUGACGACUCAAAGGUGGAGUUGUUCAACGUGGAUGCUCCCAAUGGCGUGGUGAUGGAGGGGUACCUGUUCAAGAGGGCGAGCAAUGCUUUCAAGACCUGGAACAGGUAACUAGAUGACUGACAAGUAGCUAUCACUAAACCAGCCACACUCUGGCUUCAAAUCUAUAUAUGCAGUAUGGCAGUAAUCCUUUUGAUUUGAUCUCUAACUUAGCAAUGGUAUGUUUUGUGGAUUUUGUAUAGGAUUUCUAGACAUGCCAUAGAGAACUAAGGAAAUACUUAGAUUAUAUCUGUAAAUAUAGUCUAUUCACUAGGAAACCAAUGGCCAUACUUGCUAGCAUUGGGUUACCUUGGUUAGAGAGAGACCCCCAUUUCCAGUGAGUUCACGUAGUAGGAAAUAGUUUAGUGGAGAUCUAUACUAUAUACUGCCUGUAGAAACAUAUCCAUUUAACAUCCAUCUGUUAUUCAUUUCUUGUUUUUCAGGCGUUGGUUUUCCAUCCAGAACAGUCAGCUGGUCUAUCAGAAGAAGCUGAAGGCAAGUCCACAUAACCACUAGCUACCAUCUCUAUAGGUCCCCAUUAAGUGCAACUUUAAUGGGUUAUAGAGCUGCUCUGAAAGUCACAGUGAUCUACAUUGGCGAAAUGCAACCCUCCCUCAUUUAACUCUGACUGCAUUAGGGCAGAGGACCAUUACAGGAUACUCCUCAGAGUCCUGUCCAAAGACUACGAUGGAUGGCUGUAUGUGUUAACCCCAUCCUACGCCCUUACAUAGACCCCGCACAUUAAUCCAUAGUGGGAUAUAGCCCCGUGUAGCUCAGUUGAUAGAGCAUGGCGCUUGCAACGCCAGGGUUGUGGGUUCAUUUCCCAUGGGGGGCCAGUAUCAAAAAAUGUAUGCACUCACUAACUGUAAGUCGCUCUGGAUAAGAGCGUCUGCUAAAAUGACAAAAAAUGUAAAAUAUUGAAUGUGAGCGUCAGUGUACCCAUAUGCACAUUGGAUUAAAAGGGAAAAGGUGCUCAACUUGGAAAUCCAAAUGACAUGUCUUACUUACUCCAGGACACAGUGGACAUAAUGUUGGUGUGGUGACCUGAUUGACUGACCGUGCCUUUUUCACUGUUACUGACCAAUAGGAUUCCCUGACAGUGGUGGUAGAGGACCUCAGGCUUUGCUCUGUCAAGCCCUGUGAGGACAUCGAGAGGAGGUUCUGCUUCGAGGUCGUCUCCCCCACCAAGUAUGUUCUUGUUAGUGCCCUUAUAUUAAGGAAUUGACUGUAACUCAAUUCACCUUUAUUCCAAGGGAUUUUUCUUAUACAUUCAUUCAAUGUAUUGAAAUCCCUUGAGGUGAAACUUUAAGAAAAUGUCCAUUAAGAUUUCUUCUGAAGUAUUCUCCUUCUUCUAAGAGGGUCAAGGGCAAUAGUUUUGUACUGUUGGGAGACUGUGUGCUGUAAUAUGAGGCUGUCUUUCCAUUCUAAAGGAGCUGUAUGCUCCAGGCAGAGUCAGAGAAGCUUCGGCUAGCCUGGAUCCAAGCAGUGCAGGCCAGCAUUGCCUCAGCAUACAGGGAGAGCCCAGACUACCAUUAUGUCGAGGUCAGUUGGUCCAUCUAUCUAAAACCUAACUGUCAAACAAAUGCUAAUAUUCUCUUCACUUUUUCAUCACGACACAUAAGCUUAUAUGCUUGCAUGAAGUGAUAAAAUCAAGACUCUCAUGCCUCAGAGAAUGAUGCUUGCAUCUCUUUGUUACGCUCUGUUUACCAUGUCUUUUCUCACCACUAGCGUCUGGACAGGACAGCCUCACCGUCUGUCAGCAGUAUCGACUCGGCCAGUGAGCCUCGGGAGCGUAGCAUGAAGGGGGAGAGUAUUCUGCACCGCAUCCAGUGUCUCCCAGGCAACGAGUAUUGCUGUGACUGUGGCCAGGCCGACCCGCGCUGGGCCUCCAUCAACCUGGGCAUCCUGCUUUGCAUCGAGUGCUCCGGCAUCCACAGGUAAUGUCUGUUUGUAUGGAGGGCAGGGCAUCCUGCUUUGGCAUUCACAGGCACUGUGUGUCUGGAUGGACAGGAGACAUCUGGGUCACCUCAGUUUAUAUAGACCCAUGCGGCGGCGCACAAUUGGCCCAGCGUUGUCCAGGGUAGGGGAGGGAAUGGCCGGCAGGGAUGUAGCUCAGUUGGUAGAGCAUGGUGUUUGCAACGCCAGGGUUGUGGGUUCGAUUCCAGUAUAAAAAAUAAAAAUGUAUGCACUAACUGUAAGUCGCUCUGGAUAAGAGCGUCUGCUAAAUGACUAAAAUGUAAAAUGUAAAUGUAAAUAUAGAACUUAAUCUAAUAAAAGUAUACUAGCUAGAAUAAGUAUAGCUAUAUAUUAGCUAGUAUAAAUGUAGUAUAGCUAGCUUGGCCUGUCGAGAAAGACUACAUAAAGGCAAACUACACUGGCCACACAUAUUGUUGUAUGGACUAUGGUCUAUGCUAGACCUAAACUACUUUUGGUUGUAGAUCAAUGGAUGUAAUGUAGUAGCAGCAGAUUGUAGCAUAGGGCGAGGGGUGAUUAAGGGGUCACUUGUGACUGUUUCAGACCAUGUUUCCUACCAUGUGCUGGUCUCUUGGAUCUGAGAAUAUGAAAGAGUCCCAAUGGCCAAAAGGGUGCCUUAGCCUUACCAUCUGCUUAGCAUAGGGCACGUUCUGCCACACCCCCGCUGGGAUUACUAUGCGGCUAGGCUCCUUAAAUCUACUUAUUGGAUCACGCUGUGUUUGAUUGGGAGAGCUUAUUGCGUGAGUAGACAAGAUGGGAGUUAGACGAUAAGCACCACAGCACUGAGACACUUCAAAUAUAAUGCCAUCCCUUUAAUAGUGAAAGUACGCAAUUGUUGACUAACCAGGCCAAAUCAAGCAGAAUAUUCCUGUCUGAUACCUGUCUAAUGUCCUUAACUUUAUUUAAUUAAACUUUUUUCACCUUUAUUUAACCAGGUAAGCCAGUUGAGAACAAGUUCUCAUUUACAACUGCGACCUGGCCAAGAUAAAGCAAAGCAGUGCGAUAAAAACAACAACAUCACAGAGUUACAUAUGGAAUAAACAAAACGUACAGUCAAUAACACAAUAGAAAAUCUAUAUACACUGUGUGCAAAUGUAGUAAGUUAUGGAGGGAAGGCAAUAAAUAGGCCAUAGUGCAAAAUAAUUACAAUUAUAAUUUAGUAUUAACACUGGAGUGAUAGAUGUGCAGAAGAUGUGCAAAUAGAGAUACUGGCAUGCAAAUGAGCAAAAUAAAUAACUAUGUAAAUAACAAUAUGGGGAUGAGAUAGUUGGGUGGGCUAAUUACAACUGAUGCUUAAAGAUAGUGAGGGAGAUAAGUGUCUCCAGCUUCAGAGAUUUUUGCAGUUCGUUCCAGUCAUUUGCAGCAGAGAACUGGAAGGAAUGGCGACCAAAGGAGGUGUUGGCUUUGGGGAUGACUAAUACUGUAGCGCUAGGGUUGACUCUAGCACUCCAUACAUCAUAGAUGCACCCCACUAGAGUAUUUGUCAAGCAUUAGGCUAGAUGGGAAGGUUUCCCUCCAUUUAUGGUUUACUGCAGAGAUGCUGCAAUUAUCAAUGCUUAUGUAAUCACCACCUCCUCUGGAGCAUCUGCUGAAUAUUCAUGAUCUGUUUCUCUCAGAGCCUGUCUUCUCACAGUGUUGAGACGAGAUCACAUGAGGCUUCUCAUUAGAAAGGAGGAGGGAUACACAGAGACACUAUCUCACACAGUUUCUUUUUUGGCAUGCCGCGCAGCAGUUGCCUGGAUACCAAAAGGUUUUGUUGGUGGAGCGGCGAUUUGCAUGACAUUGAGGGCAGCUACUCUGUUUCCCAGGGGAUAACGCCUGUGUGAUUUGAAACCCCUACUACAGCUAUUCAACUGUCAUGGAGCUUCCUGUGUUGCUUAUUAGGGGAGGCUAUUACAAAAAGGCUAUUUUUCCUAUUACGUCUGCCUUCUUAAUGUUGUUAUAAGCAAAGCAAGGAAAAAAUAUGUGCAUCAUGAUGUUAACAACACUAACUUCAAAAGCUUCCUACCCAAUAAUAACUAUAGCCAUGGAACUUGAAUACAUACAGGAUUCAAAUGCCAUCACUUUAAGACUUUUUGUGUCUCUGUUGCAGGAGUUUGGGUGUUCACUGCUCCAAGGUACGCUCUCUAACGUUGGACUCAUGGGAACCUGAGUUACUCAAGUUAAUGUGCGAGCUGGGAAACAGUGUCAUCAACCACAUCUAUGAGGGAGCAUGCGUGGAGCAGGGCCUGAAGAAACCAGGGCCCUCAAGUUCCAGGUAAAAACUGCCUCUAUGUUAUUUUUCUCUUUGAAUAUUUAGAUUAUCAAUUGUUUAUUGGUGGAGACUAGGAAUGUCCUCUGAGCUACUGUGUAUAUAUGAUGGUAGAUGCUAGGGUCAUCGUCAUCAAUCAAUGCUAUCCAUGCUAUCCUCUGCAGGCAAGAGAAGGAGGUGUGGAUCAAAUCUAAGUACGUGGAGAAGAAGUUCCUGAAGAAGUUGGGGGCCACCGAGGUGCUGGUGAAUGGCAGGCGAAAGUCAGAGCGCCGGUGGAGUGUGAAGAAGUGCCGGAGACACAACAGUGCCACCACAGUGCCCAAGACCCGACGAAAAUACCGCCAGGAGCCGGGCAGUGCCUCCCCUGCUACCCUCUCCUCAGGUACUCUAAUUGCUCUUCUGGCACUAGAGAAAGGAUACCUUAUUUAUCUUUGUAUCCAUAUUCCUGAUAGUGCUAAACCAUAAGCUGACAAUGAAAACCCAGUACAUAAGACAUGUAAUAUUUAGACAUUCCCUCCUUGUGCUUAACAGCAGCUUCAGCUCUAGAGAGGAAGUUCCGACGAGAGUCACUGUUUUGUCCAGAUGAGCUGGACAAUCUCUUCUCUUACUUCGACACAGGAUCUGGGCCUCGUAGUAAGUUACCUACCCAUCUAAUAUACAGACACUACACCCUAAACCACAGAGAUACUUGAAUCCUCUAUGUGGUGUGUAAAGUGAAAUAGCUAGCAGCAACAGUGACUAAUGUGUCCCUGGCUUGGCUCCUAUUGGCCCUGCAGGUCUGAGCAGUGACAGUGGCCUGGGCGGCAGUACAGACGGCAGCACAGACAUCCUGGUGUUCGGCUCAGUGGUGGACAGUGUCACAGAGGAGGGUAAGAGAAACCCAUACCUGUAACUGAUGGAAUGGAAGACAAAAUGCACAACAUAUAGGUUCAGCCAUUGAAUUGAGUGCCAUUUUCAAAAAACCUGACAAUUGAUCGCAAUCGUCCUUAACUGCCCUUGAGGGGAUAAAUAAAGUUGUAUUGAAUCCUAGUUGUCACGGUUGUUUUUCUGGUUUUGUAACUCUGCUGCUUCUGUCUCUCUGCAGAGCGUGAGGUGUCAGAGGGCUCUAGCGGAGAGGCUGAGAUGGAGCCGGAGCGUGAGACCCAGUCAGACCCAGAGGAUGGGCGUGAGCUCCAUCCUGGGGCGCUGCUCUACAAGGCCUCCCAGGCACGCAACCUGCCCAUCAUGGCCGAGGCGCUGGCCCACGGGGCUGACGUCAACGCCGUCAACGACGAGGAUGAUGGCAAGAGCCCACUCAUACAGGCUGUGAUUGGGGUGAGUCAUUGUAAUAACAGGCAGGCUUGUUCUUAGUACACUGGCAAAGGCAGUCCUUGUCAUUCACGAUGAAUAGUGUGGACGCGCUGGAUGCAUCUUGCUGAAAUAUUCUUCUUCAGUAGCCUCAACUGACAGAACUGCAACAUACAUCAAUGCAUGCAUCUAUCCAUACAGCAUGUCUAUGCAUGAUCACAAUAUUCUAAAAAUGCACCAAGUAUUGGGAGCAUAUUUAGAGUGUGCAAUUUUCUGUCACAAUUUUGAUACAGUUUACCUUCCGUUAGUCAGCACCUCUACGAAAAUGUUUGGGUGUGCGUCAGCUUAUGCUUUUUACUGACCACAAUAUUCUGUCACAUUUUAUUGUGCUUUCUUUGGCCACAUGGAGAGAGCCUCAUGACUUGUGUGUGUUCCAUUCCAGGGCUCUUUGAUAGCCUGUGAGUUCCUGCUCCAGAAUGCAGCUGACGUCAACCAAAGAGACGCAAGGGGGAGAGGGGCCGCUACACCACGCCACAUAUCUGGGACACACAGGGUGAGUAGGACCGAAGCAUAACACCUUCCCUCUUCCUUACUAUUGUCAAUGGCCUUUUUGAGUCACUAGUGAACAUUUUAAAGAAUAGUUUUCAUGGCCAAUGGUGUAGCUUGCAAAGCAGAGUAUUGUUCAGUUCUUUUUUACAUUAAUAUUGUUCCUCAGGCUAGAUGGUAUAAAUGACAGAGCUGCUGAGUACAGAUAUUUUAAUGCUGAUUAGAUGUGGGAGCGUUCAGUACAUGUUCACGUCUGAUCUGUCUCCAUGCUGCCCUCUACAGGCAGGUGUGUUUGUUCCUGAAGAGAGGAGCCACGCAGAACGACGGGGACGAGGACGGCCAGGACCCUCUGAGUAUCGCUGUGCAGGCAGCCAACGCAGACAUCGUCACCUUGUGAGUUUCAGUGGGACACCACCCUGUCCCUCAACGUACUCAGCCUCACCUUCACACAAACCUUUGAAAUACAUAUUAUGACCAGGGUUAGCUUGGUAGACCACUGUAGCUCCUCACUUCGGGGAAGUAUGAGUGGAUCCAUCUAACAUGUUGUGUUCCAUCCCUCUCCCCCUCUCUUUUUUCCCCAAGGUUGCGUCUGGCCAGAAUGAACGAGGAGAUGCGGGAGUCGGAGGGACCGUUCGGCCAGCCAGGUCAAUACCCCACCAGCAGCCCCACUGAACAGCAGUAUAAGAAAUGCAUACAAGAGUUUAUCUGCCUCAACAUAGCUGAGUGCUAGAAGUCAGUCACACUACCUAGUCCUGGUCCCGUUCAGGCUUUCCCUUCUGGUGAUGGUUGGAGGAGAAGCCAAUAGUAUACCAGGACUGUGGCAGGACAGGCCUGUUGGGAAUCUUGUGCAGGAAGGAACGUUGUCCAAAACACACAUUUCUCUACCAGAUUCCCCACACGCUGCUGUCCCGCCCAGCUUCAUGGUUCUUCUCUAAAAACCUGAAUUCUUCUUAAGUGUUCUACCCAGUGCUCUAGACAAAAUAGCAGCAAACUAACAUCGUUCAAACGAGGCCACACCAGAAUAUGCCAACUACUAUUCCCUCAGGCUUAUCAAUGGUAUAUGAUGUCAAUAUUAUUAACUCUAUCAUGAUGUCAAACUGUACUGUUGACUUGGACUGAUAAUGGCAACAUUAGUUCAGAGUUAGAUCAUUUGUCAACAAAUGGUUAGGGACCAACUUUAUAAUCGACUUUAUAAGUUCAUUUAAAUCAUCUUUACUAUACCAUAAUGUACCCUACCUAUAUCCAUGUCAAGCAAAUUAAUUCAGAUACUCUAUAUUCAUUUGGAGAGUGGACAGGUGUUUGCUUGUGGUUUUCAAGGUAGGGUAGUGUGCUCCGAACCAAAGACCAGAUCAGACCAAUAUGUUGCACAUUACUUUCAUCAAGCUACUCUCUACCUGCUCAUGUAACAAUACCAAAUCACUAUACGGUAGUCUUGUCAAGGGUAUAAAAACAGACCUUUAAGGCCUGUAAGUCGUCUUUAUAUCUAGUCAGUUAUUACAAAUGUAUGAAUUCUGCUCCAGCUGUGUUGUGGCAUGAGGUGGUUCUUUAGUACACGCAUGUCGUGUGAAAAGGGGCGGGUACUUAUGAAUUUCAUUUAGGUGAUUAGACGGGAUAACAAUGAAGCUAAGUAACAACUGUGAUUGAGUGUAGAUGAUAUGUAUUAUUUAUAAUUUCAUAGAUUUUAAAGCAACAUUAUGCACUUUUCCUACCAACAAUGAUUUGAAUUUAAGUUGGUUACUUUUUGGUAUUUUCAUUUAGUAGUGUAGGUUUUUACCAUAAUUUAUGAUGAACUGCCCAGAGCAAUAGUGCAAUGAUCAUUUAAAUACAGAUACUCUGUAUUUUUUGUAUUAAUUUUAUUAAUACGAUGCAGAUGGUAUUUUUUUAACUGGAUAUAUUUUGUUAGAUUUUAUUUUCCUUAGCACUCACACACAUAAGGCCAGUUAACCUUUACUGUCAUUUCUUCACGUCUCGUCUUGGAAAAGACAACCACAACUCACAAUCUUAUAAUAGAAAACGACUGGGAUUUACCUUAAACUGCGAUGAGAUGGAAGUUUUUUAUAUAAUAUGAAAACUCACAUGUAUUAGGUACAGUAUUUGUAUAUGUUUGUCGAAAAUAUUGACUUAUUAUGGUAUUAUGAUGUAUCAUGGCUAUACAGUAUUAGAUUAGUUCUGGGUUUCUUGGUUAAAUAGUGCAUGGGUUGCCGUUGCCCAGGUCUUUCAAAGCCAUGUUGGUUUUGUUUACUUAAUUAAUCUGUGUAUGUUAAUAUUUGAUAUAUUGUUAAAAGAAAAUAACUGCGUGUGCUGCCAAAUCAUGAGAACUGUACAUAAAAAGACAUUGCAGAGGUUAAAUCUGUGGUCUAUGGUCAAACUGAAACUGAAACUAAAUAUAUUGGAUAGAAUACCCCAUAACAUACAGGCAUAGUUUCCCAUUGACUUCUACAGGCCUAUGAGAACAGCAGAGAAAGCUUGGUCCAUGCAAACAUGCCAGCUUUCCCUCUAGCUCCUCAGAAUGCCAACAGUGACCCUCUUCUCUGUAAGCACUGCCUAUGUACACACUAUACAUGCCGUGUGUACAUAGUGAGAGGGUGACCACAGUGCCCAGGUUUCCUUUGAUACUGUCCAGUGGCUUACUGCCAUUUUGAAAUAAUCUUAAACAGGAAAUGUAAUUAGUUGUCCUCGCUUCAGGCUAGUAACAACUUAUGUUUGGCAUUGCGUUUGUGUUGCUUGAGUUUACUUCAAGCCAAAGACCACACAAAGUUCAAGUCAUUUGAGGAGAAAAUUAUAAGGAGUAACAAAGAAGACGAGACCAAGAGUAGUGACUCUAAUUAAAUAUCUGGGGAACAAUGUUAUGACCAAACAAUGCCAAUGAUUUGCAUCAAGCCACUAAAGGUUUACAUGUUGUACAGUACAGUGUAAUGAGUCAGUGGAUUGAUUAAACUAUAGGUUGACUAGGUGACUGUUCUGCUGGAAAUAUGCUAAAAACUAUUAACACUUAAAACUGCUUGCAACUUUGAACUUCUGUAUUUUUGUGUUUCUGACUUAAAUCUGUACAUUUUCUUUGUAUAUUGUUAGAGAACACGUGUCUCUGAAUAUCUUUGUGCAAUUUACACUACUGCUACCUUUAUGUUAAUUUCCUUUUCCUAAUGUCUUCUAAAAUGAGAAAAUACUGAAAAUAAAUGAAAGAUGUGAUUCAAAGCCUAACUUCUCCC